AUGUCUGCUCAAUCUAGCCUUGCGGCUUUAGACUGGGGGUAUUCUUAUCCGUUAAUCUUCCGUCUCAACUUGGAGAUUCCCGCCUUUUUCGUGUCUUAUCGCUGGUGGGAAGAUGAGGCGACAACUGUGUUCUGGGCCUUCGAUAUUCAAGAAAUUCGCCGUGUGAUCCAAUUCGGUCUUUUUGGCGACGAAAAUUUCCCGAGGACUUCGCUUUGCGCUCGAACUGUGGAUACUAUUGACAACUUUUUGAUCGCGUUGUCCGAGCCCCAUGAGUAUCAACUCCUUGGAAAUCUCUCUCAUACACAGAGAGUGGAGGAGAUCCUACGCCGGUCGAGUAUACCUCCUUUCCAGCCGAUUCCUUGGAGUUGGCUCCUACCACAAUCAAGCCCUACUCUAGAUGCGCGGGAAAUUGCUGCCGCAAUCGAGGCCGAGAGCCAUUUCCACUUCCGACAGAUUGCCUUCGAAGAGUUUGUACGUGCUGCUCUCGGAUAUAAGUCUAUUUUCGUAGAGUGGUUCCUACAACAGCAUGCGGCGCUUUAUAUUAUUCUCCAGGACCAUCUGGGCGCCUACCCAGAGGACAUUCCUCUAUACACAGAAGUGGAGAAGCAUCUUCGGUCACGGAGUCCGUUCGCACACCGAGCGCUAGUUCAGUGCCUACUAGCUGUGCGACGUGGCGGGAAUUGUGAGAUUUCUAAACCGAACGCCGCUGGGUUUGAAUUCAUCGCCGGUCCUAUUCAGGCCUUAUUCAAGGACCAACCAGGAGGGCUUACUGCCAUGCUCAAGAUUUUGAGCGUUUUGGCAAUCCGAUUUCGCCGACAGUAUAUCCAUGCUCCUACCAUGGAUUGGAAAACUCCCUUUGACACGUCUAUUCCAUUCCUGGAUGAUUAUCUCGAGUCGACAUCUCCAACAGAUUUGGCUCGCAGCAUGAGAGGCCUGGACGAGCACAAUUUUGCGGAGUUGACCCAACAAAGCCUGAUAGCAGAAGAUGCUAUCGUGGGAAAAUUGCUAUUGCAGUGGCGCAAACUAAGUAUUUCUAUCUGGGAAUGUUGCGCUGCACUUCCAGACCUGAUUCCAUAUAUGCAGGAGUGUGCACAGUCCCUCGUAACAACACGUAAUUAUCAUUCUCUCACGGCCAUCAUCAAAGGCCUGCACACCUACACCAUUUUGACAACACGCCCCAACAUCACCGCCCAAGGAAACGCGAUUACACUCGAGACCCUGAUCCCACAAGAGAUGAUUUCACUCAUGAGCUCGGCUGAGAAUUUUGCCGCCUAUCGCCAGCACUACCAAAAAUUCCCCGGCAUUCCCUUCCUGAUCGCCCACACCCGCGAUCACAAAGAAAACGGUGAAUCCGUCCUUCAGCCGGUUUUCCAGUACCUGCAAAGCACCAAAUAA